AUGAAGCAGGAUCUCAAGAAUGCCAACUUUAAACGCACUCAUCUUGAGAAACAAAUAAGAAGAUUGUAUAUAAUAUUCAAAGAGUAGGUUGAUUUAAAAAAGUAAUAGAGAUUGUUGGAUCCAAAACAAUCCUUAUAAAUAUACACAUUUAUUUCAAGUCAUCUAAGAGAAUGUAAAUUAUAAAGGGAUAGAAAGGUUUAAAAAAAUAUUAAGUUAAAAUAUAAAUGUUUUUGUACAGAUUUUUUUAAAGAUGACGAUACCUUUUAAAGUUUAGAGUAGAUGAAGCAAUUUGCUAAGGAAUUAAUUGGGUAGACAUUAGAAGAUGAAAUAAUUGAAAACUAAGACAUUAACUUAAUCUUAAUUUAUAUUUAUUUCUUGGUUUAAAUAAAGAAAGUGCCAACUUAAGCAAUAUAUGAAGUUAUCAGAUUGUCAAUGAUGUAAAAAGUAAUGAUUUAUUAUGAUUAAAUUAGGAAUAAACAUUAAAAUAAUAAGCAAUAAUAAGGAAAUUGAAACAUGAUGCACUUGAUAAAUUCUCUGAAUUAGUUAGAAAGAAUGACUUAGUAAAUUAAAAGUUUGUAUUUAAAAAAGUAUAUCAAUAUGAAGAAUCUUUGAAUGUGUUAAAAAGCAAUCUUUAGACUAUUGUUAAAUAAGAAAAAGUAUAUACUCAAUAUAAUUUAGGACUUCUAUGCCUGUAUUCUCACUUAGGUGAUUGAUAUAGAUCUAAUAGUAAAUAUUGGUUUUAAGCUUCUUGAGAAUAUUAAGGUACUUGAAAAGUAAUUGCAAUUAUUAUACAAAACUAACCCGUAAAGUAACGAGUGUGAUACAAUCUACAAUAUAUUUCACAAAUACAUUCAUUACAAUAAAUUGAGACCAAAAUUAUAUAGGAGAGAUGGCUAAAUGAUGUUGCAAUUCUUAUAAUCGAGUGAAAGAAUAAUCUAUGAUCCAGGUAGCUGUGUAAUAUAAAUUACAUUGCUCCAACCUAGGGGAAAUGUUAUCAGAUACACCAGAACUUUUCAAAAGGCAAUAGGAUACAAGGAUGAAGAAAUUUAAGAUCAAAAUAUCAAUAGAUUUAUGCCCUAAAUUAUUGCUAAUGACCAUGAUUUAUAUUUAGAUAACUUCGUGGAGAGAGGUAGAAUUAACGUUGUUCGAAAUGCAGUUAGAGUUAUUCUAGGGAAAACCAAAUCACAAUUUGUAGUUCCAAUCAAUACAAGAUUGAGACUCGAAGCCAGCACUACUGAAUUUGGUGCAACUGCUCUAAUAACACCAGUCAAUUUCACAUACGGAUACAUGAUGUUGAAUGAACAGGGCUAAAUUGAAGAAUUGACAAAGAAUUUAUUUGAUGAUGUAUUCGAGAAAUAUUUAGGAGUAGAACUUGAAUAAGUUAGAGGAUUAGACUGUUUAAUUUUUAUUCCAGAAUUAGCCAAAAUUUGGGAUAGUCUAUUUAAUGAAACCUUUGAAAAACUAGACAAGAGAUUAGAAUGCCAUUUAAUACUCCCUUAGUUAUUUAGAUAUAACUCUAAAAGUUUACAAAGUUCUAGGACUACUGUAGUAAGCAAAUCAUUAUUGCAAUAAAAUAUAAUUCGAUAACUUGAAAAUUAUCCAUAAGAUAAUGUCAUAUAUUAAGUAUCAUUACAUCUCAUGAGUCUUACUACCAUCAAUUUAAGGUUAUAUUUAUGAUUAUCAUUAGAUUAGUCAUUUUAGAAAUGCCAGAAUAUAGACAGAUACAAAACUAAAAAGUGACUAGUCGAUAAUUAAUUUAAUUAAGACAUAGAUCUUCGCAAUUGUUAAAUUAUUCAACUUAAAAUGAAGUAUUUACAUAGAAGGCUGAUCUAUUGGCUUCAGCAAACGAUAUAUUAUUUAAACGAGAUAUUGAUGAAUGUGACUUAGAAUAUGAAAAUGCUAUUGAAGAAAUAAAAAUGGUUGAGGAUUUAAGAAAUCAAUUGGCAUAAAUUAAUAUGAUUAAUACAGCUCAUAAUCAAAACUCGACUAAAAGACUAAUUUAGAAUAGUGAUCAUUUUUUUGAAGAAAGGGUUAUAGAACUUAGACAAAAUAUAAAUAUAUCAGAGAAAAGCAAUGAUUUGAGUGAUAGUGAAUCUGAAUUCAAAUAGAGGGUUUAAGAAUAAAAUCUAUAGUAUAAUUCUGGGUCAGUUGGGAGUAGAUCGUCUUAAAAUAAUACUACGGCUUUGAAAAGAUAAAUGAAGGAUUGCUUAUCAGAUAAUAGAGGUUUGAAUGUUCAAACCAAAUUAUUUUUAUUAUCUAUAUACAUUUUAGUUAUUGUGGGAUAUUUUGUGAAUUAUUUGAUAUUGUACUUCUAGUUUGAAAGAAUCAAUUAAGACUAGAAUUAUGAGAAUCUACCAUUUCAAUUUUCUUACUUUUAUAAUGAAUUCGUUAUAACUUAGUCAUAUGUAAAUGUUGACGAUUUCCAAUUUGACAAGCUAAGUGAAGUAACCUUAGGGUUUUUUGUGAAUCACAUUAAAGAUAUUGAUUAAACAAUAACAAGAUUGCCCCAUAUUAAUAUAAUUAACAAUUUAACAAUGAAAAGUAGGAUGAUAAUUAUUUUAUCGCAACUAUCGAAAGUGUAAAGAAUGAAUGAAAAAAUACUUUAUUCGGAUUUUGUGAAUAACACAGAUUAGUUUAAUAUUCAAUUAGAGAUCAUAUAGAAUGCUCAAUCCAUCAAUUAAUCGAAUGAUCUAGGAAUAUAGUAAAUUCUAAUAAUUAUAUAUUUAGUGUUCUGAUUGAAGAGAUAGUGCUAAUAUUAUUUCUAACUAGAUAUAUUUAUCUAUGUGUGAAAAUAAUUUAGAUGAAAACUAAGAUAUUUAAAUUAUUUUGCACUUUCUCAAAGGAAGUCAUUUAAGAGUAGUUUCUACAAUUUAGUUCCUUAUACAACUAAUUAAACAAUUCAAAGUUUAAGAAUCACGAAACUGAUGAGGAGUAAUUUGAAACAACAAUGAUGCGUUAAUACCAAAAAACAGUCACUUCCAACAUGUUGGAUAAACAUAAUAGAGUAGGAAAGCAGAUCUCCUAUAAAUGUAUGUAUUGUUUUAUAUAUUUAAAUAGAAACUAAUUCUGCUUAGAUUUUCUUCUUUUUAUUUAUCUUUAUUUAUGCAUUUAUGUGUUCAUUUUACUUCAUUGGGAGUUAUAUAUUAUAAAAAGAGACUCUAUCGACUGUCUCUGCAAGAUACAAUGAAAAAACCCAAUUUGAGAUUACCAACAAUUAUCUUGCUUUGAGUUAUGCUUAAUAAGCUAUUAUAUUGAAUUAGACCAUCUAAUAGGAUGGAAUAGAUAGAUAAAAUAAGACAGUUGAAGUCUUGAAAUAACUUACAACGAAUUUAUCUCAAUAUUAGGAAAGUUGGAAUACUGAGAUCUAUGAUAUUCUGUCUAAUAGCAUUUGUCAAUUACUCUUCAAUUCCUAGUAUGAUCUCAUAUUCUAAUUUAUUAGUCAGUACAGCUAUGAGGAGUAUUCCAAUCUAUUUAGUUUUGAAUAGUGUCAAUCUUAUUCCAAUCUCGAGAAAGGCUUAACUUUUGUUGUUUAAGAAUUAUACUCCUAUCAAUUCGAGUUUUUGUAGUUACUGUAAAUUAAUAAUUAAUCCAUCUAUUCAUAUUAAGAGUUCAUUAAGAAUUCUUAGCCCUAAGUCUAGAGAUUAUAUGCUUAGUAUGCAUUUCAUGUGAUUAUUGAAAUGUUGACUAACAAAAUCAAGACAUUGGUCACUUCUACCCUUGUAAUAAAUUCGAUAAUGCUUGGAUUUGCAAGUAUUAUCAUGAGUUGUGCGCUGUUGAUAACAAUUAAGACAAUAGAAAAAGUAAAAGAGCAAUACAAACAAAGUAAGUAAUUGCUAACCCUAUUUCCAUUUGACAGACUGAUGGAAAAUGCAUAUGUUGUAAGUUUCAUUAGUUAAGACUUACAUUUUUCGGUUUGA